AUGGCUAACUCACAACCAAUAUUUGAUUACCGCGAUGAAUCUCAAGCGGACAAACUGGCCAGAAAAUCUAAAGAUUCACCAUUUAUGAUUAUUGGUAUCAUAGGGCUACUAGGUGUUUGCGGGUUUGGAGCCUAUAAAUUUAAAACGAGAGGUGAAAUGAGCACAAGUGUAUUUCUAAUGCAACUUCGUGUAGCUGCCCAGGGCACAGUUGUGUCAGCACUAACCUUAGGUUUAGCUUAUUCAUUAGCCAAAAAACAUUUAUUUAAUGAUGAAAAAAAAGAUUAA